AUGGCCGCCGAUCUGCUGAGCUGGUGUGUCAGUGAGCUGGAGAGUCGGUUUGGUCUGAGUGUCAGUGAGGACAUCGUGCAAUACAUCCUUUCUAUUGACACAGAAGAAGAGAUUGAGGAGUAUGUCAAUGACCUGGUCCAAGGUUCUGAAGAAAGGAAGCAAAUAUUCAUACGUGAGCUUAAACAUAGGUGGAAAAGGACUAGACAGCCAUCCAGCUCCAACUCCGCUCAAACCUGCAGGAAAGAUGAAGUUUCUGGUCCAUCAUUCUUAAUAGACCAGUCAAGAAGAGGCAGGCGUAAAGGAAGGAACAAGAUGGAGCCACUGCCAGUGUAUGCUGUGGCUGAUACUGCUGCAGAAGAAGUCAAAACUCCUAUGGAUCUGGCCAAGGCUCAGGAGACAGCUAAUCUCUCGUCCUCCAAGAAAAAACAGAAGUAUGUCAAUUUGUACACCAAAGAGGGACAGGACCGACUGGCUGUGCUGAUUCCUGGGCGUUAUCCAUGCGAGUGCCUGGCCCAGAAGCAUAAGCUCAUCAACAACUGUAUGACAUGUGGACGUAUAGUAUGUGAACAGGAGGGGUCUGGACCUUGUCUGUUUUGUGGAAGCUUGGUUUGCACAAAGGAAGAGCAAGAUAUUUUAAUGAGAGACUCAAACAAGAGUCAGAAAUUAAGGAAGAAACUAAUGGGAGUUUCUGAUGCCUCUCUAAAGAUGGAUGGUUCUUCCAUGGAUCUACUCCCACAUCAAGAAAUGCGGAUGAAGGAGGGUUUAGUAAAAGCUUUGCAGCAUCGUGAUAAGCUUCUGGAGUAUGACAAGACUAGUGUACGGCGCACACAUGUGAUUGAUGAUGAAUCAGAUUACUUCUCCACUGAUUCCAACCAGUGGUUGUCCAUGGCAGAAAGGGAGGCCCUCCGUAAGAAGGAACAAGAGCUGCAAGAACUGCGUCAUGCUUCCCGACUCUCUCGUAAAGUCACUAUUGAUUUUGCAGGCCGUAAGGUUUUUGAGGAAGGAGACAGUCUCACUGAAUAUCACAAACGGUAA